GCGACAUCUCCGGAACAGGGGAGCAGCCGUUUGCACUCAUCCUCAUGCCUCCCCCGUACUCCCUCGCUGCUCUGUCCGCACUUGUGCUCCUCCUCUCCGGGAUCCUGGUCUGUGCCGAGCUCUCUGGGGAACCCUGCGGGGCCGAACCGUGCGAGAGUGGCGGAACCAAGUUUGCAACAGACCCCUGUAGUGAAAACCCAUGUAACCAUGGAAACUGCAGUCUCCUUGGCAAUGGUUACCUGUGCAUCUGUAGCGAUGGGUUCACUGGGUUGAACUGUGACCAGGCACCUCUACACUCUGCAGAAAUUGUUACUCCAAGUCAUACAGAGCCCAUCCAUUCAACCACAGGGCCAAGGAUCGAGGUGGCUCACUCCCCAGCGGCCCAGGAACUUCCAACAUGGAGGCCAAGGGUGGGGCAGAAGGUUACAACUCUAAAGUGGGAUGAAGUGCAGAUAAUUCCAGAUGUUGCGUGUGGAAACGCCAGCUCCAACACUUCCUCUGGAGGGAGGCUGGUUUCAUUUGAAGUGGCAGAGAACACAUCUGUGAAGAUCUCCCAGGAUGCAACUGCGGCCCUGAUUCUCCUGUGGAAAGUGACAGCCAGUGGCUUCAAACAGUGCUCACUUAUAGAUGGAAGGAGUGUUACCCUGCUGCAGGCGCUGGGGGGGCUUGUGCUCCCUGAUGAAGUGUUAGCCCUUGGAAACAACUAUUUUAUUGGCUUUGUCAACGACUCUGUUAGUAAAUCAAUCGUGGCUUUACGUCUCAGUGUGGUGGUAAAGAUCACAGACUGUGUACCUGAGGGAAGCUUGCCAGAUGCUCUGCAGUGCCAUGGGAAAGGAGAUUGUCUUACCAAAACUACAGAGGAUACAUAUUCCUGUCAUUGUGAAGCUGGUUACAUUGGCUCUUAUUGUGAGGAGUUUGAUGCCUGCCACUUGCACCCCUGUCUAAACAAUGCCUCUUGCACUGACAUCCCUCAGAGACAUCAUGGGAAAAAUGCUACUUGUACCUGCCUGCCUGGUUACACAGGGGAGCACUGCGAGGCACUUGUAGAUCACUGCUCACCCCAACCAUGUAGGAAUGGAGCCACCUGCACCACCAGCCUGAGUGGAUUCAGCUGCCAUUGCCCUGAAGGCUUUCUGGGUUCAUUCUGUGAAGAGAAAGUAGAUCCGUGUGCUGCCUCUCCAUGUCUUAAUAAUGGUAGUUGCACCUCCGCUGGAAUCUCAUACUCUUGUCGCUGCAGUCCAGGUUAUACUGGGCCUACCUGCGCUCAGCUGGUAGAUUUCUGUGCCCUCAGCCCAUGUGCCCAUGGAAUUUGCCGCAGCAUUGGGACAAGCUAUAAAUGUCUUUGUAUCCCCGGCUACCAUGGACUGUACUGUGAAGAGGAAUACAACGAGUGCCUAUCUAACCCAUGCCAGAAUGGCGCAACAUGCAAAGACCUGGUAAAUGGGUACCAGUGUGUGUGUCCGGUUGAAUAUGAAGGACUUCACUGUGAGCUUUAUAAGGACCCAUGUGUCAAUGUCAGCUGCCAGAAUGGAGGAACAUGUGACAGCGAGGGAAUGAACGCCACCUGUGUGUGUGUUCCUGGGUUUAUAGGCGAGGAGUGUGAAAUUGACGUUAAUGAGUGUGACAGCAACCCAUGUCACCAUGCCAGCACCUGCGUAGACCAGGUCAAUGGUUAUACAUGUCACUGUCCCCAUGGCUGGGUUGGGGCCACCUGUGAAAUUCAUCUGCAGUGGAAAGUGGGACAUAUGGCAGAGAGUCUCACCAAUAUGCCUCGUCACUCGCUCUAUAUAAUCAUUGGAGCUCUCUGUGUGGCCUUUGUACUCAUGCUGAUUAUCCUCAUUGUGGGGAUCUGCAGAAUUAGUCGCAUUGAGUACCAAGGAUCCUCCAGGCCGGCGUAUGAGGAGUUCUACAAUUGCAGAAGCAUUGACAGUGAAUUCAGCAGUGCAAUAGCAUCAAUUAGACAUGCAAGGUUUGGCAAGAAGUCCCGACCUGCCAUGUACGAUGCAACCCCUGUGUCUUACGAGGAUUACAGCCCCGAUGAUAAGCCUCUAGUUACACUGAUCAAGACAAAGGAUUUGUAAUCUUUCCCUUCAUUCCAUAUUUAGAUCCAGGAGACUGAGUUGGUGGGGGGGGGUCUUUGUUAAGAAGGAUAAAUUACUAAACUGACUAACUAUUUCUAAGGAAAAAAAUCUGUGAUGUUUUUCUUCACUGCGGAAUUUACCUCCUCUAGAAGUCGUUCAAGGCACAGUGUCUCAACUGAAAAUAUAACCUAUUUGUUGCCAGAUCCGGGCUCCAGAACCCCGACAGUGAAAGGGUUAAACCAGUUGGGGAAGAAAUAAUUUCUUAGGGAAAUUCUGUUAUCAUAGCAAUGUUACAGUUGGAACCGUAUGCAGGCUUUAUGUGUAGAUGUAGGGGCGUAUAUAAUACAUACUUUAUCUGUUGAUAGGCAUAGUGGGAGUCUACAAUGUUGUGUUGUGAAGAAAAAAAAA